CUGCCAUUCACCAAUAAACACCAGAAGAAGAAGGAGGAGAAGUUAGCCUUUCUCCUGACAGUGUAUGAUGCAGGCAGCUAUACUAACAAAACUCGUCAGAAACUGUCAAUAAUAAUGGCUUAAUUUUACAUAUUUAUGUAGCUGACUAAGUGAAUAGUAACACUAAAUUAAUCUAGGUAACGUUGGCUUGUUAAACAUCGAACCGGUAAAGACGCCAGACUGGAUAGAUUAAAAAAAUAUAUAUAUAUACCGUAAACAUCGGCUAUCAGUAAUUGCCCUUUAUGUGUUCAAAUAUCGGAAGAAUUGCACGUAAGUCGAUCGACAGCGUAUAUAUUUAUUUAUUUUAAUGGGUAGUUAACUAUUAGCUGUGUUGUUGUUAUUGUUUUUUUGGGCGUUUGCGUCCUAAAUUAGUUUGUUUCUUCCUGACAACAAAGCACAGGUGUGGUGGUGAAGCCCCGCCUUCUUUUUGUAACGUAACGUCAGGUUUAGUCGAUUAGUCGAACACGUUUACGAAAACAUCCGAGUCAAAACCGAAAAGCUCUACAUGAUGAUUAUAUAACAUAUAUAAUCAUACAGACGAUUUAUGAUUAUCCUAAGUCGUGUUUAAGCAAAUCGUAUAGCUUAUUUGGACAAAUUGAGAAGAAAAAAAACAGGAAAAGCCAUGUCUGCUGUUGUAGGACGAGUUUGGUCAUGGAUCAACCCAGGGAACCUGUAUCGCCCUUGGGCUACUAAACCAAAAAUAGAGAAAAGUCUUACAGUCGAGGUUCAGGAGAAAAGCAGAUGGAGUCUGAGUGGGGUCACCUCUUGGGUUUGGGGUGGAUGGAGAAAACAAAGUGACCAAAAAGCCCCACCUGAGGAAUUCUGGGAAGCUCAGGAGGAGAUUGUCAGACCUUUAGAAGUCGAAGAUCUGAAGGCAGAAAGACUCGAGGCGCCUCCUCCGCAAAGUCCUCCACGAUGGUGGAGCCGGUUAUUCGGUCCUGUGUUUUAUUUAUGGCCGAGAUCAUCCAAGGGCAGUGGAAACGUUCCGAGGAAGAGCACCUGGAACGAAGGAUCGUGGGAUUCCGACGGGAAAGAUUCCGAUUACGGAACCCCUCCUCCGUCUCCCGUCCCACUUUCCCAAAGAUCGUCGGCGUUCCGCUUCUUUGCUCGCUCGUGGUCCGGAGAAAUUCUCCCAGAGCAUUACGAGAUCUGUUUCAAUUUCAUUCGCCACCUCUUUGACCUAUUUGUAGUCGGAUUCCUUUGGACGGUCUCGCCUCCCACCAAGUUAGUCCUGGAUGUUCUCGGUGUCCAGGGCGCACUGAAGCUCUGGCUCCACGGCAUGGCCAUGUUCCUCGUGUCCUCUGUAGGAAUGGCUGGUCUGCUGUGGCUGGUUCAGGAGUACCUGCCUCAGUUCGCACUGGUUUAUGGCAUCGUCCAGGGGCUGGUCAUUUCCGUCAGUGUGCGACAGAGCGUGAUUUUGGGGACGGGAGAAGAUGGGAAAGAAGUAGAGGACAGCGAGGAAGAAACAGAAGAUGCUCUGGCGCAGAGUCAAAGCAGUAACGCUGCCAGCAAAAGUGUGAAUGUGUCUUGAAGACAGAAGGUCUUUGGGCUGUGAGGAGACUGACCACUGACCACUUGAGCACAAAGUCAGUACACGAGCCAAACAUCAACGAUUAAGUCGUUAUGAAGAUUUUACAAUCGGCGCUCCUAAUUUUAUCUCCCCCCCCCCUCAAUUCAUUCACACAUGGACUGGUGAAAAGCCUGAACGUAAAGGAGCGCCGUUUCCAUUUACUACAUUCUGGAUUGUUCAAAGACAAAAGUGAGCAGGAGACAGAGAUCGUUCAUCAGCAUUUUGGAAACUUGCCAGUGAGAUUUUCCGUCUUUUUUUUUUUUUUUAGUACAAAAUGCACUGUAAAGGCACUUUUAACAGAGAUAGAGAGAGAAAUGAUCCUGCUGUGAUAUUUUACCACAUGAUUUAACUUCAGGAAGCCACACAGCUGAUUGGAUUGUAUCCUCUGGAGAGAGAGCUGGCACAGAUUUCACUUGAACCUGAACUGGAUUCACAUCAGCGCCAGCUUCAUUUAUAUUAAACGAAAAGAAAAAAACCAACACUUUUCCUAAUUCUGAGCUCUUUGCUAAACUCCAUUUACAGUACAUGUAUAUAGGGGUAUAUGGGGAACAUUGUUACGUCACUAAACCUAAAGAAAUCAGACUUGGGUUUGACUCUGUGGUACACACAAGCCAGAACCUGGCUGCAAUUAUUCUAUUUAAUCCGUUGCUAUAUUCUCACACACAUUUCCACUAUUAUAUAUUACUUAUUUAACGUCUCUGUUUAUUAGCGGGGUUCGUGUAUUCGUCUCAGAGAUUUUGUGUCGCAUUCAUAUUCAGAUGUUUUGACUAUUUACUACGAAUGUUUUUCUCUCGUACAGUAUAUCAGAAUCACGUGCCUCAAUACGGCCCAUUAGGGUUUGUUUUUUAUAAAUGUUUCACACUAACACCAUAUUUAAGUUGUUUUUUUAAGUGUCUCUUUCUUUACACCUCUUUUUUGUUGUUUUUUUGUUCUUAAGCAUGCUUAAUGGUAAGAUUUUCUAAUAAUAAAAAUGUCUACUAGCAUCUAGCGUUUCUUCAAGCAUAUCUGAACUGACAAAUAUUUGCACCGUAUCCUGUUCAUGUCCACGCCUAGUUAAUGCACUUUAAGAUUUUUUUUUCUCUUAAUUUUAUUUGUGAACUUUAUGCGUUUUGCACCGUGCAUUAAAGUGCAGGAUCACUGUACGAGUCGGAUGUGAAGAAAUCUGCUGUGUGUAAGCUAGGAACAAUCGCUAUACCCUUUCUGAGAGAGGGAACAUGAAUAGAUAGAUACGUGUGAUGUAACCGAGAUCUCUCGAAGUUAGCCUGAAAUAUUUGCUGAAAUAACUUUUUAGGUUUUUGUUUUUUUUUCUAAAGUAUACAUUGUCAUUAUUUCUUCUUCUUCCUCAUCAUGGAAAUUGUCUCAAUUUCUUCUUCUGGUUGAACUGGUUGUGCUUGUAAUAAAAUGAAUGA